AGUAUCCAACCAUGAGUUACUAUCCCGUAAUUUCUGCCAUCAUACGUGUCCUACAUAAACAACAAAAUUACCAUUGGCAAAGACAGCACCAAGAAUAUCAACAAUGAUGAGGUCUCCCCAAGCAGCAUUACACAGUCUCUUUCUUGCCAUCGUCAUGGUGAAGUCAAUCCAAGUUGCAGCUGCUGAAGAUGGACGAGAGGAACAUCAUAUCAAAGUUGGUCCACCCGCCAGCCUCAUGAGGGACAGGUCUCACAUUCAAGACAUACAUCACAUCAGAUCCCAUCUCCAAGAUACAGUGGAUGUUGAUGCCAUUGACCUGUCUCCUCAAAGGAUGCAGUUCCAUUACUUCCACUCCCAUGACAUGGACCGCAACAAGAAACUAGACGGACUGGAACUGAUGCAGUCCAUUCUCCAUGUGGAUGAGGGAUGGGAUACAGAAGGAGGGCAUCAUGGUGGAGUGAUGUCGGAGGAGAAGAUCAUUGAGAUAGUGGAUGUGAUCUUGGAGGAUGAUGAUAUCGACCGGGAUGGUUAUGUGGAUUAUGUGGAGUUUUCCAGAGGACUUGAUGAUCGAUCAACAGACGAAGAGGAGGAUGAUUAUGAUGAGGAUGAGGAGGACGACUAUGAUGAUGAGGAUGAAGAUUAAUACAAUUAUGGUGAAGAUGACUGAAGAUGACUGAAUGGUUUUGAAGGAGAUCCUGUAUGAGCUUUUAUACAAGGAGAACUAAAAAGGAGGAGAUCAUGUAAUAAUGGUUAUGACUAGCAAGGUUCAAAGGAUCAUACAAGAAACAUUGCUACGAUACUGGUUUGGCAGUGGUCUACAGCUGUGUGAAUGUUGUAUGAUUCAAUGCUGGAUGAAGACUGGAGAUGAAAUGGGCCAGAUUUUUAAAUCAUUUUAAAUGUUAUUCUACCUGUUUUUCAAAAAGAUUUCUAGAUAUCAUGUAUGCAAAAGCCUAUGCAAAAUUUACUAGAAAUAUUGUGCUUCUGAGUUCCGACUGUACUUGCAACUAUUAUUAAAGUUCUUGUUUUCUAGUGAGUGUGUAUUUACUUUGUAAAUGUAACUUAUUGAAUGAACAACCAAUGUGUUUCAACUUCUAGGGAAUACGUCUAAGCUGCCUGUUAAACCAGUACUUUUGUUUUUACAUGUGAGCAUGUUGUAAAGUUAUUUUAAGCUACAAUACAUGUUACAAACUAAAGAGUUUUGAAGUUAGGAAUAUUUUGCCAAUUUUAUUUUAGCACAUGUAGAUUAUGUAGGGUACCACACUUUUAAUAUUGCUAGCAGAUUAACAUUAAAAAGAAAGUGUUUUUUUGUAUAAAAAUGUACAUGUAUAUAUUAUAUUUACCUGUAUUUAUGCAAAUAUCACAUAUUUUGUAAUUGAUAGUUAUAGGCAAAAGGUUAUAUAUGGAUACAUGGACAUGUAUGUGUACAUGUAUGAUUGUCUUUUAUUUCUAUUUUCCUAUUGGGUAUAUAAUUUCCCAAUGGAUUUAUGUAAGAUCCUUUGAAGUGUGAAUUAGUAAAGAUAGAGGAGUGGGAAUUUAUUGCCCUAGACUUGCCAUCACACUAUAUCUGUAUUUCCAAUGAUUGUUUUGUUUUCAAUAUUAGAGCCUUCAAGGUAUGAAUCAUGAAAGCCUUAUAGGCUAUGAUUGUAUACAUGUGAUCUCUUUCUCUCCAUCUCC